AUGCAGGAGUUGUCCAGCGAGGAUUUUUGCUUCGAAGGAGAGGGGCUGCAUCUGGCAUUGCGUCUCACGAGCUCAACCCUAAACCUCAAGCCCGAAUCCCGAGACCCUUCGCAGGUGGCCUCAGGCAUGGUGCAGGAGUGGAACGCGAUCCAGAUGUUCAUCCGAACCUUGCGCGAUGGCUGCUCCUAUUUCUCGACCCUGCAAGUUGGCAUGGUACCGGCUAUUCGGAAAGCACAACGAGCAAAAGAACGGCCCUCCUUAUUGUUCGAUGUGAUGGGGGUUAGCAUAGCUUCUUGUGGACGCGCUUCAGCUCUAGCCUGA